AUAAAAAGGAGGCGUGUCAAGAUGUCAAACCCUACAGAUGACAGUCCAGAUCCAGUUAAAGUCGACACCCCUACCCCUGGUAGUGAAACUAUUGAAAUUUUUGGAAUAAAAUUAGACUUCAGUUACAUGAAGAGCAUACCUGGUAUGCUACGGGUUGGAGAAAUUUUUUUAACCCUAAUAGCUUUCAGUUGUGUUGCAGCGUCUCGAAAUUAUUAUUGUGAUUAUAAGUAUGCAUCUGGUUAUAACUAUUUCGAAUUUGUAUCUAUAUCAGCUUUUAUAUCAACACUUAUCAUCUAUAUAAUGUACAUAGUGGAUCUACACAACAAAUUUGUCUUCAAAUUCGUCCCUUGGAAACUUGCUGACUGUGUAUGGUGUGGCGUGUAUACUUUAUUCUUCUUCAUAGCUUCGUGUGUUUUAGCUUCAAAUGGUUGUAGCCAAGGUGGCAACAAAGCUGGAGCGGCAUUUGGUUUCUUCUCAACAAUAGCUAUAGGUGCUGAUGGAUUUUUAGCCUUUUGGGAAUUAAGAGCUGAACGCAUGUGUACAACAACUCAUAGAUCACCAGCAACCAUUGACGUACCUGAACAAUAUUAACUCAUAUAUUAUUAUUUACCAUUAUUAUCAUCACAGCACAGUAUUAAAGUUUGGAAAGUC